AUGAAUAAGGAUCAGCUAAAAGAACUUCUGGACAGCUUAACUACAUCUUUUACCCAAGUUGCAACUACUAUCACUAACUCCAAGAAGGACCCCGAAGACCAAAGGGAGUUGACUUAUACUCAAGAAAAAGGGCACCAAAAGAAGUUGGAAGAAGAAUUAGGCAAUCUAUUCCAGAAAAUUGAGCAGAUAGACUUGAAUUACACUGCCCUUAGUGAGAAAUGUUCUAAAGAGCCUUGUAUUGAGAGUAGAUGGAAGAGUAAUAGUGACCAAGAGAAGUGCCGUGAAGUUAGGAAGCGUAUAACAUGCUAUAACUGUAGUGAGGUUGGCUAUAUUGCUCAGCAUUGUCUAUCGAAAAAGACCCCAAGGAUUAGUAGUGAACACAAGCCCAGCAACUAUAUUAGAAAAAGUGUGUCCUAUAGUAGUGACGAAGGCUGGAAAGAGGAUGAACACCAAGGUCAGACUAUAGAGGUGCCUAUCUCCUAUACUGGUACGAAAAGCUUGAGAGAACCCAGGAAGGACAAUUGGGAAAAAGGUAGUAGUAACAUGUUCGAUGAGUUUACGUAUGAAGAUGAACAAUUAGAUGAGAUCGAUAAAUAUUACACUGUAGAAUCUUCUGACGAUGAAAUCGACCUCUAUAGUAACCUGUGGAAGGAUGAAAUUAGCCUGGCAAUAUAUCUAACAUUAGUUGAGGAAGUAACUAUCUAG